AUGCCUCUCUGGAGUGACGUGGCAUGCAGGCGUGCAGUGAAGGUGAGAGGGGCGGCAGUGAAGGUGAGAGGGGCGGCAAUGAAGGUGAGAGGGGCGGCAGUGAAGGUGAGAGGGGCGGCAGUGAAGGUGAGAGGGGCGGCAGUGAAGUUGCUCUACGAGGCGUGCAGUGCGGCGCUGCUGCACCUCCUGGCGUUCAACGCCCCCCCAGCGCUGCAGUCGGUGCGGCAGGCGGCAGUUCGCGUGUGUGCGCGCAUGACCACUGCGGGGGCGCGCUGGUGGCGGGAGAGUGUCACGGGCGCCAUGCUGCUCGCACUCUUAUGCUACGUUGAUGCCUCGGGUGAGGAGGGGGAGGAGGGUGAGGUGGGUGAUGGUGGUGAGGUGGGUGAUGGGGGUGAGGUGGGUGAUGGGGGUGACGUGGGUGAGGAGUGUCGUGGGAGGGGUGGGCACUCCCAUACCGAUUGUGCAGCAGCGAAGAGAUGA